UCCUUCACCCACUCUCUGUCUGUCUGCAUACAGGAUUUUUUCCGGUGUCCCAGAAUACAAAUCAAAGAUCUAACAGUUAAAAUGCUCGGAGCACCAAAAAAAUUUCGUCUGUAUACAAUACAGUUCUACUGUUUCUUGUUACUGGUUUUUGAGUCUGUUAAACUUCUCUCUUUCCGGAUUGUUGGUUUCAAUGGGAUUCAACGGCGGGUGUGCGUGAAAAUUCCCAAUACUGACUGCUUCACAGUUAUUAAGGGUGCAUUGUGUUAAAUUUCAUGGAAAUUUAAUUUAAUUUAAUUUAAGAGCUACUUAGUUUGUGUUCAUCGCUUGUAUGCACUAUACUUUGUGAGGUAUGUAAGUUGAUUCGAAUGAGCAUUCCGAUGGUUGAUAGAAAUUUCAUUUGAUGGCAUGCAUAGGUUGAUCGCUGAACGCGCCAUUAGUUAUAUUUUUGUUGCGUCAAGAAGCUGCAAGAGUGAUGCAAGAUGGAAAGCCAAGAGUUCCAGUAGUAGAGCUGUUGAGAAGAGCAAGGGCGACGGACUUUACAUUGACAAACGCGGAAAAUUCAGAAGCUUCAAUAACAAGAAACUGUCUAGGAAACGAUGUGGUUCUCUAAGGGGCCGGGGAUGGAAAUAUGGAUCGGGGUUUGUGGACGGAGUUUUCCCUGUGAUGAGCCCCACUGGUCAGCAGAUACUGGACUUUGUACAGAAGGAAGUCGAUCAAAACAGUAUUUGGGAAAUUCUUGACACUCUUCCAGCCUCUCAUACCAUAUGGGACGAUAUCAUUAACGUAGCUGUUCAACUUCGUCUCAACAAACAGUGGGGCUCCAUAAUCUUGAUAUGUGAGUGGAUAUUGUACAAGAGCUCCUUCAAGCCAGAUGUCAUCUGCUACAAUUUACUUAUCGACGCUUAUGGGCAGAAGUCGCAACAUAAAGAUGCAGAAUCAACAUAUUUGGAACUUCUUGAAGCUCGAUGCGUACCUACUGAAGACACCUAUGCCCUUCUUUUAAAGGCGUACUGCAAGUCUGGGUUGUUCGAUAAGGCUGAAGCCAUCUUUGUCGAAAUGCGGAAGUAUGGUCUUCCACCAAGUGCAAUCGUGUUCGAUGCUUACAUUAACGGGUUACUAAAAGGCGGAAACCCUCAAAAAGCAGUAGAGAUCUUUCAGAGGAUGAAGAGAGAUCAAUGCCAGCCAUCUACUGAGACGUAUACGAUGCUAAUCAAUUUAUACGGAAGGGAAAGGAAAUCUUUUAUGGCUCUAAAGCUGUUUCAAGAAAUGAAAAGCCAGAAAUGUAGACCCAACAUAUGCACGUAUACAGCUUUGGUAAAUGCAUUUGCGAGGGACGGACUUUGUGAGAAAGCGGAAGAAAUUUUUGAGCAGAUGCAAGAAGCAGGGUAUGAGCCUGAUGUGUAUGCGUACAAUGCCCUUAUGGAAGCUUACAGUCGUGCAGGGUUUCCUUACGGAGCUGCAGAAAUUUUCUCUCUAAUGCAGCACAUGGGAUGUGAACCCGAUAGAGCUUCGUAUAAUAUCAUGGUAGAUGCAUAUGGGAGAGCUGGUCUUCAUGAAGAUGCACAAGCUGCGUUUGAAGAGAUGAAGCGGUUAGGAAUAACCCCGACAGUGAAAUCCCAUAUGCUACUUUUAUCCGCCUACUCCAAAGCUGGCAACGUAUCAAAAUGCGAGGACAUUGUGAACCAGAUGCAAGAGUCCGGGCUGGAGCUAGACACUUUCGUCAUUAACAGCAUGUUAAAUCUGUAUGGCCGGUUAGGCCAUUUAGAAAAGAUGGAGGAAGUUUUGACAGCAAUGGAAACAGGACCCUACGUAGCUGAUAUCAGUACAUACAACAUCUUGAUUAACAUAUAUGGACGGGCAGGAUUUUUCGACAAGAUGGAAGAGCUGUUUCAGUCGCUUCCACUCAAAAACUUGAAACCGGAUGUUGUGACAUGGACUUCGCGUCUUGGAGCAUACUCGAGAAAGAAACUAUACACGAGAUGCUUGGAAAUUUUCGAAGAAAUGAUUGAUGCCGGUUGCUAUCCAGAUGCCGGAACUGCCAGGGUACUUCUUGGAGCGUGUUCAAGCGACGAUCAAACCGAGCAGAGAUGCUCUAAGGUAUGCUCAUGGCUAAAUUGCUCAAGCUCCAUAUCUUCUCUAUGCAACUGAGGGUAAUUGCAAGAGGGAAGCUAGCAUGCCCAAAUAACUGUUACGUUGUUAGAUUGUCAUUUCAACCACUCAACUAACUUGGAUGUCUAUUACUCUGUUCUCCACCUGCGCUUUGUAUCACUCGAGAGUAUGACAAACAUUUCAUGUGUACGAGUAAUGAAUUCC